UAAGUGAAGGUCAGAGGUCAGCAGGAAGUCGAUACGUGGCCGCCGCCUGUCCCCGCGGAGGAGGCGCAGCAGCCGGAGAUGGCGGCGGUGCUGAACGCCGAGCGACUGGAGGUGUCCGUCGACGGCCUCACGCUAAGCCCAGACCCGGAGGAGCGGCCCGGCGCGGAGGGCGCUCCGCUGCUGCCGCCGCCGCUGCCGCCGCCCUCGCCUCCUGGGGCCGGCCGGGUCCCGGGCGCCGCAGGAGAGCCGCUGGAGCCCGGAGAGGCGGCGGCCGGGGGCGCGGCGGAGGAGGCGCGGCGGCUGGAGCAGCGCUGGGGCUUCGGCCUGGAAGAGCUGUACGGCUUGGCGCUGCGCUUCUUCAAAGAAAAAGAUGGCAAAGCAUUUCAUCCAACUUAUGAAGAGAAACUGAAGCUUGUAGCACUGCAUAAGCAGGUUCUUAUGGGUCCAUAUAAUCCAGACACUUGUCCUGAGGUUGGAUUCUUUGAUGUGUUGGGGAAUGACAGGAGGAGAGAGUGGGCGGCCCUAGGAAACAUGUCUAAAGAGGAUGCCAUGGUAGGGUUUGUCAAGCUCCUAAAUAGGUGUUGCCAUCUCUUUUCAACAUAUGUUGCAUCCCACAAGAUCGAGAAGGAAGAGCAAGAAAAAAAAAGGAAAGAGGAGGAGGAGCGGAGGCGUCGUGAAGAGGAAGAGAGAGAACGUCUGCAAAAGGAAGAAGAGAAACGCAGGCGAGAGGAGGAGGAACGGCUUCGACAGGAAGAGGAGGAGAGGAGGCGAGUAGAAGAAGAGAGACUUCGGUUGGAGCAGCAAAAGCAGCAGAUAAUGGCAGCUUUAAACUCCCAGACUGCCGUGCAGUUCCAGCAGUACGCAGCCCAACAGUAUCCAGGGAACUACGAACAGCAGCAAAUUCUCAUCCGCCAGUUGCAAGAGCAACACUAUCAGCAGUAUAUGCAGCAGUUGUAUCAAGUCCAGCUUGCACAGCAACAGGCAGCAUUACAGAAACAACAGGAAGUAGUAGUGGCUGGGGCCUCUUUACCUACAUCAUCAAAAGUGAAUGCAACUGUAUCCAGUGAUAUGAUGUCAGUGAAUGGACAGGCCAAAACCCACACUGACAACUCUGAAAAAGAACUUGAACCAGAAACUGCAGAAGAAGCCCUGGAGAAUGGACCAAAAGAAUCUCUUCCAGUGAUAGCAGCUCCAUCCAUGUGGACACGACCCCAGAUCAAAGACUUUAAAGAGAAAAUUCGGCAAGAUGCGGAUUCUGUGAUUACAGUGGGCCGAGGAGAAGUGGUCACAGUUCGAGUUCCUACCCAUGAAGAAGGAUCCUAUCUCUUUUGGGAAUUCGCUACAGACAAUUAUGACAUUGGGUUUGGGGUGUAUUUUGAAUGGACAGACUCUCCUAACACUGCUGUCAGCGUGCAUGUCAGUGAGUCCAGUGAUGACGACGAGGAGGAAGAAGAGAAUGUCACUUCUGAAGAGAAAGCCAAAAAGAAUGCCACCAAGCCCCUGCUGGAUGAGAUUGUGCCUGUGUACCGACGGGACUGUCAUGAGGAAGUGUAUGCCGGCAGCCACCAGUAUCCAGGGAGAGGAGUCUAUCUCCUCAAGUUUGACAACUCCUACUCCUUGUGGAGGUCAAAGGCAGUCUACUACAGAGUCUAUUAUACUAGAUAAAGGUGUUACUUCAGAGUCUGGAGGCUAGGGUUGGGCAGAAGAUGGCAUUUGAUUUGGAAAUUUCUUGACUUUUGUGGAUGGAACAUUAGAGUCAAUGUUUAUCCUAUUGAUUUUGGUCUGAUACUUUGUGAACUCUUGUUGGGAGUGAGGAUUUCCAUAAGGCGCUUUAGCAUCAACUCUUUGGGUUCAAAGGGAUUCCUCAGACUCCUCCAGCCCUCAGGUGCUGAUCAACAGAGUCACUAGUGGAUGCUGAAGUUACAUGAGCUACAUAUUAACUGUUUAAAGUCUCCAAAAUAAAACAUCCCAACAUUGACCCCACCUGGCUGAUGGUUAGUCCCUUGCUGCCUGCUCCAUGUGUUUUAAGAGAGCCCGUAGUUACAGUACCCUUGACUUUGAAAUUGUACGUGCAGCUUUGAGUGAAGGUCACCAUUUUUAAAAUUUAAAUACUGAAGACCUCACAGAUGAGAAAAAAAUUACAUCAAUUUAAUCUUGCUCUGAAUAACUCAGAUUGUUUCAGCCUUUGGUGUGACUUUAAUUUAGAGUUAUAUUACAGAGGAUUAUUUUCUAAGAUAAUCUUAAACUCAGACGUUCAACCCCAUAGAUAAUUGAAAUAUCAAGAUAUGUGGAACACCUCAAAUAUUCUCCUUGGGGAACCUGCACAGACUCUCAGGCCUUGUCUCUUCAUUGGUUUUCAUACUACCAGGAGCAAACAAACUUCACUUUUGUUUUGUCUUUAGACAGCAUCUCAAAUUGAAACUGUUUGCUAUACAAAGCUUACAGUUAAGGACUUUAUAAAUUCAAAUUGGCACCUACUGAAUUAGAAAAUAUUUAAAUAUAUUCAUAUAAAAUAUGAAUUAGAAAUAUUUAAAUAUAAUUGAUUGUAUGGGGAAUAGCAUUGCACUAAAAUGGAAAUCACUGCCAGAGCCGGCCCACUCUCUCCAUUUGUACUACUACUUAAGCACUAACCCUCCAUGCUUACAGCUUGGAAUUACUUAUUAGAAUUGGAAGUACAUAUGCCCAUGUUUAAAUUUUAUAGCUUUAAUCUAUAUUAUGUCUUCACUGAUGGAAAGAGGUACAUCUUUGUUUUCUUUACUGAAAACAAAUACGGAUUAAUUGCCUCAAAUUUGUAUAAAUGAUUGGCUAGAGAUUGAGAAGGGUGGGUGGUAUAGAUAGAAAAAUGACAAAGAUGGCAGUAUAUACUUAAUGUUAUGUUAUUACUGAAAGACUUAGAUUUUUAAAAUUUCAAAUUGUAAGUCACUUCCUGUAGUAGGAGGGUUUCCAUUGAUUAGCUGCAGUAGACACAGUUCACUACAAAUGGGCUGUUGGGGUUUGUGUGCUGCAUUUAUUUCUAUUUUUUAAUACCUGGUUUUGUAUGUACCUAACUGUUUUCUUUUUGUUGUCCAGAAACUGGAUUAUUUUCUCCUUAGCAGUGCUUACUUUGUGUUUAAUUUUGAUUGAAAAGUAGUCCCAGAUCACAGGGGUCCUCACUGUUACAUCCAAAACAUUUGUUAGGUUGUCUGACAGCUCUCAUGUACAUAUGGUAUAGGAACCACAGAGUUAGGUAUUUCCUGGCUUUUUUUUUAUGAGAAAAAUACUGUAUUUAAAAUGUAAAAUAAACUUUUAAAAAGCAGGCACUAAUAAUAUAUAUUUCUUCCAGCCUUUGAUUACAGAUUUGUCCUUGCACAUGUUAAGAUGAAUUAUCUUCUAAAAAUAUCAUUGUUCUUGGGAGCAGUAUAUGUUACUUUACAUAGCAGCAGUACCUGUCACGUGUUCAUGUCAGAACAUUUUUGGUUUUAAACUUUUUUAUUGCCUUUGGCUGUUGAUUAGUACAGUACAAGUGCGAUUUCAAAAAGAUCUUGAAAAUAAUAUAUUUAAUCAAUUAAAAUGUUUAUCUGUAA